AAAUAAAGGGGGACAGAUAGAGAAAGCAACGGCGCCUUUAAAAGGGAAGAGUAUGCAGCGUGGAGAGAGUUGGCAUAAACCGCAUCAACAGCAGUAAGGCCGAGGCAUAGCUAAUGAAAGAUACAGUGGAAGGGAAGCGAUCUGUUUCUCUGUAACGGCUACUUCUGGUUACUUGUUCUCGCGAGUGAGGACUGUGAUUCCUUCUUUUCCCCUUCUUCUUUUGGGUGUUAUUUUCCCCUCUUUCCUCUAUCGGGCGCGAGGGAAGAGGAAAAGGUACAUUCUCUUCUCCGAUUUGGUUACGGCGGAGCCGGAGAUGGACAGCAGUAACAGCAGCAGUGGAGGGAAUUGGAAUUGGCAGUUGGAGAAUCAUGAUAUCCCCAAGAACAUGGAUCCAGAUUCAUUAUGGAAUGAAGUGGGACUUAAUGAAGAGGAUCUCUCCUAUAUGUUUGAUGAAACAACUCCGGUUAAAGCUUGUGGUGAUUUGGCUUACCAUAUUGGGCAUGGUGAUAGCAUGAAUAAGGAACUACAAGAAUGUAGAGAGACUUCGUCUCAGCUAAAGAGACGUCGUAUGCUACAGUAUGACACUGAACUGCUAGCUUCGCCCUAUUGUGACGAGGAAAUGUCAUCUGCAUUCCUGAAAUCAAAUGUCACACUUCUAUAUCCCCUGUCUGCUUUUAUAACUGAGUCCUUUAUUCAGGAGAGGGUAGAUUCACUGGAAGAUGUUUUGCCUGUUGCAUCACAGUGGGUUCAUGGAGCAACAGGCUAUGAUAGUCUGGAUCAUUCAUCUGAAGGCAGGCUUUAUGAAUGCUUCAAGGACACUGAGAUGCAGUGUAGUUCUGUUGAUAUGGACUUCGCAGGAUCAUCUGAAGGUCAAAUCGAUAUCAGGGAUUUGUGUCAUCCAUCGCCUGAGCUUUCAGCCAAUGCAGUUACCAAUCGGGUGUCUCGCCUUCCUAAAAAUAUAAUCUUUAGAGGCAAGUCUGAUUCAUGGAGGAGGUCAUUUAUUAGACCACCAACCAGGUUGCCUUCUUCUGUUGCAUAUCCUUUUGCCUUCAUCAAACCCUGUGCAUAUCAUGGAGAUGUCACCCUAAAGGACAUAAACCAGCGAAUCCUUACUCCGCCACCAUCAAAAUCUAAGCAGCAGGAAGAAGAUCCAGCGACUUACCCGACUUCUGCUUUCUCUGGUAAGCCAGUUGUUGGGAAGACUAAAAUCCGUACAGAAGGAGGAAAAGGGAGCAUCACAAUCAUGAGAACCAAAGGAUGAGUAGAUUUAAGACUGGAAAAUUUUAGAUGGCCCUGUAACUCAGCCCGUCAUGGUUUUGUUCGUGGUUGGUGUUAGUAGUAUGUGCAUUAGGGGCAACAACAAGGUAAAGAAGGUAGAUAUGCAAAUUUUUGGGUUUGAAUUUCAGGCUUUUGUUUUGGAAACCAUAAAACACACUGAUAAGAAUCCCAAGUGUGUUUUGUGUUUCCAAGCUGAAUGAUUAAUGAUGGGGUUUGGGUAGGCUCAGUUGCUGACUGUUGUGUCUUAGGAGAGGUUAGCAUUUUGGGGUUAAGACUGAUUAUUUACCUAUUCAAAACUGAAAUCUUUAUGAUUUACCAUGAGUCUGGCAACUACUGCC